AGUUACUUUGUUUUACUUGUUAUUUCACUAAUUGCGAAGAUGGUUAUGAAGCUAUUCCCCGAGCAUUUGCUGGACCUAAUCGGCGGUCCUGGUCCUUUCGAGCCUGUUGCCAAGGCCUUCUAUCAGCAUUGCUUCGAUGACCCCUUGCUGGGUUGUAUGUACGAGGAUAAGACCGAGCCACAUGAUUUGAUGUUCUGCCGUUGGUUCUUCGAACAAAACGGUCUCACUGAUGAGAUGACUAAACGUGGCGGCAGCAAGUUGAUCAACGCUAUGCAUCGCAAGGCCCAGAACUGCCCCUUCAGAGCUGAGGCUCCUAAGGAGGCCGGUUAUGUUGGCGGUAACUUCACUAAGGCUCAGAGAAACCGCUGGGUGUUGUGCCAGUUCAAGGCUUGCGAGGACUUCCACUUGCCGAAGGAGUUCGUCCGUGGAUACAUCCAUGGUCUUUGUACUUUCAUGAGUGUGUAUGGUCCCUUUGUGGAAGGCCGUGCGGUUGACGGCCCUCAAACUGGGAAGUGUCCGGUGAGCAUGAGUGUCACUACCACUCCUGAGCAGGCUGAGAUGUUGAAGACUCACCCUCAUAUCCCUGGUUAUGAUCUGUCUGGCAAACUCGGCAACUUCGACAAGGUUACUGUUGAUGAAAAGUAUCGGGCGACUAGUGCUACUCCUGUGAUUGCUUCUGCCUAGUCGAGUCGUUUAAACACUUCUACUAAACGUGUGAGCCGCGGGUCUGCCGUGGCAUUUGUACCGUUUAGUGUUGUUAUCAUGUCAUAAGAUUCUCCACGACAUAUAUUUUUAUUGUUCCUAUUGGAAGGAUUGUCUUCCUGUUCACUGAAGGUUUCUGUAGAAAAAGGUAUAUAAGUUGCCUG